CACGGAUAAUUAGAAGAGCGGGUCACUAUUGGUGGAGAGCAUCCGGUGGAGGCAGGAAAAAAAAAAAAGGAAUCAAAAGCCGCAUAACAAUAUCAGAGUCUGAGUGGAGCAUCAUCGGCGCUGACGUUCCAGUUUUAUCCCCUCAGUGCCGCUUCCAGCAGCCGGGCUGUAAGCCGCUGUUCAGACAGACAGACAGGCAGACAGGCAGCAGCGGAGGAGCGGCGGCGGAGAGGCUCUCCUUGGUGAUCUCAAGUGGGGACGCAGCAGCUUCCCUCCCCCCCUUUUCUUUUUUAACCUCUCAGCGGAUUUUAUUUUAUUUUAUUUUUUUGAUCUCUCUCUGUCUCCCUCUUUUCAAGUCGUUGGAGCAAGUAGGGACUCUGCUGCGGAGCUCGAGUAAACGGUAGGAUUUGUCUCUGAAGGGGCGUUGUGCCACUGCCAUGACCCUCCUGUGGUUCUCCGGACUCACCCUGUUCAUCUCCGCCCUCAUCCCUCUCCGGUCCUUGGGUUGCCCCUAUGGAUGUCGCUGCUACAGUCUUACAGUGGAGUGCGGAUCGCUGGGGAUAAAGGAAAUCCCACAGGGUGCUCCCUCCAUCACGGAGACGAUCUUUCUCCAGGACAACGCCAUAGUACAGAUCCGUCUUCAGGAUCUGAAUCGCCUGAGAAGCCUCCAUUAUUUGUACCUCCAGAACAACAGCAUCUCGGCGCUGGAACCUGGGGCUUUUCUCAAUCAGGGCCAGCUGCUGGAGUUGGCUCUCAAUGGAAACCUCAUCCACCUGGUCACUCCCGACAUGUUCCGGGGUCUGGAGCACCUCCGCAUCCUCUACCUUGCCGGCAACCAGAUCACUCGCAUCCAAGACCACACCUUCAGGGGACUGCAGCGCCUGCAGGAACUGCACCUGCAGGAGAACAGCAUAGAGUUGCUGGCCGAGCACGCUCUGUCUGGUUUAUCGUCUCUAGCUCUGCUGGACCUCAGCAGGAAUCAUCUCCGCACUUUGGGAGCCUCGUUCCUCAAACCCCUCGUCAGCCUGCAAGUGCUCCGUAUCACAGAGAACCCGUGGCGAUGUGACUGCGCUCUCGGUUGGCUAAGAACUUGGAUCGGCGAAGAUGGACAGCGCUUGCUAAGUUCGGCAGAGCAGCGUCGCUUGAUGUGUGCAGAGCCGCCUCGUCUUUCCCACCUUAGCCUGGCAGAGGUUGCUCCGAACAGCCUGGUGUGCAUUCCGCCUGUGGUACAGCUGGAGCCCAACCACCUGACUGUGCGACUCGGCGAGAGCCUCCGAGUGUCCUGCCAGGCCUCUGGAUACCCACAGCCUCAGGUGACGUGGAAAAAAGCUUCCCAUGGCAAGGCCCAGUUGUCACCUCGAGGUCUUUUUCAAGAGCUGGGACCCAACGGGGAGUUGUUCCGGCCAGGGCCGGGCGGAGUGGUGACAGCCCUGCCUAGCACCGGGGGGAUCAAGGCGGGAGGCGUCGAAGGAAUCCAGGGACUCGUGCGAGGGGCCGAGGAGGGCGGUGAAAGAGACAGCUUUGAUCCGGACAUGGGCAGCGGCAUGCUGUUCCUCAGUAAUGUGACUGUAGCACAUGCCGGGCGCUACGAAUGCGAGGCCUGGAACCCGGGUGGAGUGGCAAGGGUUACGUUUCACCUGGCUGUCAACAUGUCUUCUUCCUCGUACUCAUCCCAGCUCUGGCCUCGUUUGAACACACACUCCUACGUUUCGUCGUCAUCCAGCUCCUUCUAUCAGCCGGAAGUCCUGGACGUCAGCCAGGAGCCCUUGUACGAGCAGGACAGCAUGGACUUCAGCGCUCUGGGUCCAGCCACACAGACCGCCAUCGCUAUUGGGAUCUCCCUGCUGGCUCUCACUGCCGUUCUUCUCCUGAUUAUGAUCUACACUCGCCACCAGCAGUACCAAAAAGAGGACAGUGGCUCCUACUGCACCAGCAAAGAGGAGAGCAUCCUUUACGUGAAUGACUACUCUGACGGACCGACAACCUUUGCUCAGCUGGAGGAGUACCGCGACGAUCACGGCCAUGAGAUGUAUGUCCUGAACCGAACCAAGCCCGUCAUGGGCUCCGCUUCAUCCAGGUGUCCAAUGAUGAGCGGCUUUGUCCAGCAGAAGGGAAUGAAAGAAGCUCUCCUGGAGCACGAAAUGGUCCAGACACUGACGAGAUCGGGGGGGCUGGGGUUUCGCAGGAACCCGACUGAAGGUGGCGAGGGCCCGCUGACGGCAGACCCAGAAGAACUGCUUCUCAGCCAGAGCCUUCUGUUUGGAUCUCAGGUUGCCUAUGAGAUCCACUGCUGAAGCAUCUUUAAUGGGUGAAAGUAAAUGUCAAAGGACUUAAAGACAUUACCAAUCAUCUUGUAAGAAUUUAAAGCAUCAGAUUAUUAUCUGGCCUUCGACAAAGAAGAGACACUCAGAUAGUGAUUGCAGAGGGAGAACUGGAUCACUUCCAGCUUUCCAAAUACCCGCUUCUAAUUGAUUGUGUGACAAAAAGAGGUGUUCGAGGACUGAACGGCGGUAAUUACAGAGAAAACAACAAUUGACCAAUGGUUUCAGUCUCCAAACAAACCCUUUAAGGAUAAUUACAAGUGGCUGGCUUCACCAGAAAUCUAUAUUGCAGUUAAACUAAAUCCUCCCCCAAACUGUGCAGUGUAUGGUUGUAACAAUUGUCAGUGGUUGGUAAUGAAUAUUUUCUAUAAAUGUUUUCCUUUGUUUUAUUUUAGAUGUUUUGUCUCCAGGUAUGUUGAAGUUAAUUUUGUGUGAAGUAGAGCCGUUUUGUGGACCCUGUUACAAAUUUCAUUAGAAUUAGAUCAACAACGAUCGUCUAAUGGAAGACGCAUCAUCAGUGUUCGGCCAGAGGGGCUUCAAAGGGUCCAACAAAUAUCGCAAAAUUCAGAGUUCUCAACGUUCGCGUCACUUCACCGUAGGCUUUUAUCUUUUGAACAUGUCUUGUGUUUUCUUCACUUAUGCCAUUAAACCGAAAACAGGAGUUUGAUCUGGAAUAUUAUUUGGAGGUCCUCGGGUGUAAAACACAACAAAAUAUGUGGACAUCACACAACAAAACUAAAGACAAUAUUUUAUACAAAAAAAAAAAAAAAAUCUCCAACAACACAGGAAUAAAAGCCUCUUGCAACAAAACAAUUCAUAGGAACCGUGGGUCAAUUUGUGCAUCCAAACUGAUGACUUCAAGUAGCUUCAGUCACAUUUCAGAAGACCACAAGUCAAGCAGAAGCAUAGCCCAAAAUCAUAAAAAAUGUGGGAUUACACUUAGCUACAUGUGAGUUUAUAGGCUAUGAUUUUUUGUCUAGACUGUCUAAUUGAUGUUGACUGGUUAAUCAUGGUACAUGACCUCAAAUUAAUUUUGUUUCAGAUAGAAACACAGGUAGAAGUAGAGAAUUUGAAGAAAAAAAAGUAUUUGUUUCCUUUAAGAUUUGUUCUGGUUUAGCUUUCUUCCCUCCUGCCCCCAGCCCCCCUCCCACCCCCACACAUAAACGUCUAGCCCAAACACACCUAGCCAGAUGUGAAUAUUAACAAUUUAACAGUGAUCAGCCACAUGUUUUUGUUCUGGUUAACUAUCCACAAUCAGUGGAAGUAGACCAAAAUAACUAAACGAAAACCAACACAGAUUAGAAUGAAGUCACAGACAUCUAAUCAGAAAAGGUUUACAAAGCUGUUUUAAAACUUGGAGACUCCAGUGAAUCACAGUGAACAACAUUAUUACAAAUGGAGAACAAGUAGGUGGUGAAAUGUCCUGACUUCAAAAUUACUUCAAGAGCGUGUCAACGGCUCAUCCAGGAGGUCCUAGAACAGCAUCUAAAGCUCUGCAGGCUUCAUUUGAAGUUGUGUUUUCUGAUGUCAGAUUCUGUUAUGGUUCCCCUCAGCGUAAAGGGGAUGUGACAAAGCCGCGAGCUUUCUGAAAAUACAAAGAAAAAUCAUAGGGUGACACGUACGCCAUCUGUUCUAGCUGAUUGUAGCCCUUAAGACGAACUCAACUUGAAAAUGUUCAUAUCUGAUUGAUAGAGCACUAUGAUGCUAAGAGUGUACGGCUUCAGAACAGACCUUUACAUAAAACCUAAUAAUAAAAGUAAAAUCAUGUUUGAAAAAAAAAAAAUAGAUAAGAAUUUUACUGAACAAACUCAACCAUAGAGAUAACAUCUGGAGAAAAUACAAUAAAACACAUUUUGUAUUUUGUUAUGUCGUUCUGCUUCCUGAUUUAAUAUUUUUUUAUUAUGAUUAUUAUUAUUUAUGCAAAAUGUUUAAAUGUUUACCAUUUUUGUUGUGUUUUUCGAUGUUUUCAUUGCUUUUGAUGUUGCGCACAUCAAAGCCACUUUGACUACAAUUGUGUUAAAAAAAAACAACUUGCCCUGCUAACACCAGACUGUGACAACUAACUGAAUGUGAAUACUGUACAUUAAGUUUCCUACUUGUAUACAUUAAAACGUCUCAAAACGAGUCGUCGUUUGUCCUGCUCUCUUAUCAUUUCAACGCGGCGAUGGUGGGUGUUUCUUCGGUACGGCUUCGAGACUUGACACAUUUAUGUCUUGUUACUUUUCAACUCGUGACACACAGCAAGUCCGAGUGAGCAACGCUCUGUGAAAGCGGGUUUUUAAAGAGAGACUCUUGUUGUCAGUAAUUGUGUUGUUCAGUCCAGGAGGUCUACAGUUCAUACGCGUCCUUCGCUGCAAAGUACUUUGGUUCGAGAUGUGCUUUCAGAACUACUUGCAGAAUAAGAAAGAUUGGUGCUAUUGAAAAUGUGUUUCGCGCAGUCAAAAAAAAAA